GGAAGGGUGUGGACCAGCCAGAGGGCCUCGCAGCUACGUCCUGGCGAGAAUUUACGACGCAUACACUCCGAUCUAUGGGUGAGUGUGAGACUUUCCACACCCGACACCCCCCACCACUCUCUUGCUCAAGGACGCUGGCUGCUCGGUCUUCAGUGCGUGCGUGCGUGAGGCAAGUAGCACCAGCAGGAGCCUCCACCAUGUUGCGCAUCUGCUUCGUCCUGCCUCUCCUCGUCGUGGCCGUCACUUCCAUCACCACAUCCCACUAUGUCAAGGUGGACAAUUCCUUGCCUGACAGCAUCGCGCCGUGCCUGCUCAGGUCCAUCUCCAUCCCGCUCUCUGAAAAGAUGAGCCUGAAUUUGCGAUGCGGCGCCGUGUGCAGCGAGACCCCGUACUGCUCCCUCUACUGCCUCAAGGGCAACAGAUGUGAUUUUUUCAACGCCAAGGUGACGAAAGCGUGGGUCGGGCCAGGCAGCGGAGUGUACCUGUAUGACUACUGCUUCUCUGUUCACCCGGCAGUCGGGGACGUGGCAUUGGGCGCCGCCACGCAGUCCUCCUCGGUCUACAGCGUUAACUACAACUACUAUCCCACACAAGUAAACUUCUUCUGCCAGACGGAGACCGCUUGCUAUGAGAGCCUGGUGGACACCCCGCCGUGGUGGAGGGCUGACUUCGGGUCUCCCAGGAGGGUGACCCGGGUCAGAAUCAGCCUCACUGCCCUCAUCGACAUCAAUGUCGUGGAGUUCCGAGUGGGCAACGACACCACCGUCACCAACAACCCCUUGCUGCUGCCCAAGCCCACCUUCACCCCCACCAACGGCCUGGAGGUGGUGGCAGACACGCCCAUUGUCGGGAGGUACUUUUUCGUGACGGAGCCUCAGUAUUCCGACAUCCGCAUCUGUGACGUGUGGGUCAUGACCAAGUGAGGCGGCCGCUCCACCAGCCUGUAGUGGGGUGACCUGAUCUGAUGAGAUUUAACCUGACAUGGUAACCUGAUUUGAUGAGGUGCUGACCUAACUUAGAGAAGAGUUAACAUAGCUUAAAGGGACGCUGAUAUGACUUAACGGUGUGCUGACUUAACAUGGUGAGAUGCUGAUUUGCCGGGGUGCUGACCUGACUUAACGGGGUGAUGGGCUCAUGCAGCAGGGUGCAGGUGUGACGGCAGAGUGCAAAACCAACUUGGCGGGGUUGCUGACCUAAACUGGCCUAACCUAACCUAGCUUACGUAAUUGGCCCGUUACUAUAUUCAUCGCUAAUCUUAAGUCUUUGAUUGAAUAGUUGCUGUAUAUAA